CCAGUUUCAUCGGCUUGCUGAGUCUACUAGUCGGUUGUUGUAACUUCUCCUGUUCGCGUGCUGAUAUUACGAAAAAUAUCGGUUGCUGCCUAUACGUCCUUUCUUUCCUCACACAGAUGAAGGACUACAAACCUCGGAGGUAAAGUAUGUAGUGUCUGUUGCGACGAUUGAUUGCAGUGUUUCGGUUGUGAUUCUAUAGUAUCACGUGCUAUAAUGCCAUAGCCACGUCGUAACUUCGGUUCCGUAGUUAUAGUCUCGUCCUCGUGUUGAUGACUCUUUGAGAGGAUCUGGAAGACGGCCGUCUAGACUUCAGUUUUGAAAUCCCUUUCCAUGCGCCACAGUUCUCUAGCCUAAUUAUUCCACAGACGAAACAGCAUUCUGACAAAAACACUAAAACCAAAAUUUGUUUUGCACGAACUUAUCACUACCGUUUCCUUUUAGUUUUACAUCAAGUGAAAAAGAGCUCUGCACAGCGCCGGAAAUUAUCAUAAACUCUCAAAUUCACGACUAAGGAAGUAGACUAAAAACGUAAACGACACGAAAGCGCAAACAUGGCAACAUCAUCAACCGCUACCUUCGCGAUCGCGGCGAGCAACCGGAGCCGCACGCAGCUUUUUCGCUCUAUCAAAUGUAAAAAUGUCUGGGUCUGGAAGAUUCUAAACUUGUAAUGCUGACUGUGGAUUCUAAAAAAAUUUGUAUUUCAUGACCAGCAAAAGGACUCCAGUUUGUGCUACGUGGAGAGGGCAUUUCUCAUGCGGUAGAGGCAUCUCAAAGUGCUCUAAAAAUCUGUGAUGCUAGGGCAUGCAUCACAGACGUCGUGGGUCAUUCAAAAUAUGCAUGACAAACCUGGCAAUCUUCCAGACCCAGACAUUUUUACAGUUGAUACGCUCCCACGCGAUCGGAUUUGGACUUUUGGCUCUUGGCGGCACCACUCGUGUCCAGGCCGUGCGAGGUAUCACACGGAAAAGAUAAAAUUGAGCUGGCCCUCUUGAGUGUGUUUGCAUGUCGUGAUGGAUUUAUUUCUCGCCUUGGUCGUAGUCUACUCUAGAGGAGUACCUACUAGCAAGCCUGAAAACUAGCCUUUUUUUUCCUGAAGAAUUCCAAAUCCACAUAGCAAUUGAAUUCCACACUCAUACUAAGCUCGCUCUUCCUUUCUUUUUCUCCGUGAUACUUUUCAUCCUUGACCCGGAAGCAGCGGAGCCGGAGUUGCAGCGAGCUACGACGGAAGAACCCUCUCCGAAACCUCCCAGCAAGAAAAACACCCGCUUUCUGGCUCCGCUGGGGGACGAGGGUCCUGGGGGAUUCCCGGCAACUGGUGCUGUUGGGAGCGGAGAGGCGGCUGCGAGUUCGGAAGGGGAAGUACAUUCGUCGGACGGGGAGGAGGAAUGGGAUUCGACCGCAACAAGUUCUACCGCUUUGGUGGAAGUGGACCACGGGGGAAAUUCGGAAGGCAAUGGUGGCGUUGUAUUUCCUGGUCUCGGUUUCGAGCUGCCAACACAUGCUUCAAAGCAAUUCCUGGAAUGGUAUAAGAAACAGCUGGACGCUAAAGGACUCGUCCUUGAGGGUGAGGAGACGGACAACAUUGUUCCUUCCGAUCCGCAAACCGAUGUUCCUUCCGAUCCGCAAACCGAAAUGGGACAGACCACGGCCGAACGGUUUCCGGAGACUAUCGAGUGGAAAGAAUCGGAUAGACAAAUAGAAGUGUUGUGCGACGAGAGAUUUUCUAGGCGUAGGAAAUGCAUGCAUGCUUAGGAAAUUCUAGUUAUAGUUUGUUCUGCUUAUCCAGCUAUGCAACAAACCCACAUGGUGCAUACCUUGUUCUAAAGGCCUGCGUCUUCCAAAGCCUUAUGUCCGCAAAACAUGAGACCUGUGAGUGUCAUCGUUUUGCCUUUGCAGAGACCAUUUUUGCGUAUUCAAUCAAUGUGAGCCAGGAAAUCGUGCUCGCGCAUUUCGCAACACUCCCCUAGAUUACAUCUUGAUACUUGCAAUCAAGGUGCUGGACGUGAAGAAUCCUCAGCCGAGGGUCGUCUGGUCUUGGAAGAGGCUGGAAAAGCCCGGCUCCGGUGGACACGAAGCUCAAGUUUACCAGCUUGAAAAAAAAGGUCAAUCUGAAGCUGCAACCGACUUGCAGACGUUAGACUUCAGUGGCGAGCCCCUGCGUCUUCGGGCCGGCCAGAAAGCCGUUUUCAAGCCCAUUGAUGUGAUAGGGAAGGAGGACGAAAAGCCGAAGGAGAAGGAAAAACGCGAAAAAAACGUCGCCGACGCGAUGUCGGAGCUGGUCGCAGGAAGCAUUUUUCGGGCUGUGACGAAGCAGAUUUACCACGGUCCUAAACCGACCCCACCCGGUGCUCUGCCGUACUGUGAUGAUUACGUGAACUGUCGCAGCAUCGGCGGAACGACGAUCGUGGUCAAAACCGAUGCAGGGGCUCUUUUCACCGCUUCGAUUUUCUUCGGGGACUACGCGGCCGACAUGUCCUCAGGGGAUGGGCAGUCGAUGACGCUGUCUUGGCACGAGCUGGACAAGGGGGGCAUGCGGGAAUUCCUGAAUUUUGAUUGGGGAAACCAGCCGUGGAGCGAUGCCGUCCUUGUAUGGAACGAUGUUCCAAGUGUUUUGGUUUAUUGCAAUCAGGCACACUAGCCCAGUAGUGCUUGUCGCAAUGACGAUUUCAAUUUUGUAGCAGAAGCCCUGCUAUAAGCAAACGCGGAGAGAGCUGGUACUGGUAAUGAGUCUCAUCCAAACAUGUUUUCAUUCACACAAGAACUCGUAAUUUUUGUGCCAGCCGUCUGUUGUGCACGCGACUGUUGAUGACGGUCACUGACACUGUUCCCAAAUUGAAGGGUAGUUGCCUUGUUUGCCGCAUGCGUUUUGCCAAAACUCCCUUUGCCCUGGUUGAUAAAGGGAAAAGGGCUUGAUGUCGCCUGGCACGCCCGCCGUCGGACACACGGGUGUCGUCCAACUCCUGAGCAAAAUCGGCAGCGGGCGAAUCACUUUCGGAAGUGCCUGGUGGGCGCGGAAGAAUUUCCAGAGCUUUGAAGCAAGCCAUCAGCAGAUCCACCAACUUGGGCUGGAUCUGUUUCUGACCGUGUUGCUUUCCGACCCGGAUUAUCAAAUGCAAAUAUAUCUGGGUCUCCGAGAUUGGUGCGAGAUUUCGAUUUGUUAUGCUAGUCUGGCAUGACUCUGGACUCUGGAUCUAUUGGGUGGCCGCGAAGAGCUCCUCUUGCCUGUCAUGCAAAAACGCAGUUUCUCAUGCGGAGUACGCGGCAAGUCAGAAGCAGAGCCACGGAAAAAUUUGUCAUGCUCGGCAGCGCAUUACAGCGUGCUCACAAGUAUUGAUUCCCUUCCUUGCGUCACAGACCAAGGCAUAUUUGCAAUGCAUACGGAUGGCCACUUCGGCAACAUCGGGUUCUUCAAAUCGGAGUCGGGCGAAAUGUACAUGCGUCGCUUUGACGUCGGUUGGGCCUUUGCCAGCUUGGAGCCGCAAAACCAGGUUUUCUUUCCUGAAGCGGAGGCGACGGCACUAACUGCAACCCCCGACCCCGAAAAGGGUUUCGACGGGUUCUUGGCCGCCAAAGGAUGGGUGGACCAUGCGCCAAACCUGGGGCCCAAGGGCGGAUUCUUGCGCCUCCUUGGCAAGAUGCGCAAACCGGAGAAGCAGCCGGUCCUCUUGCAUUACGCCGACUUCUUCGAAACCUGGCCGGAAAUCGAGCGAAAGGCGCUGGACGGGGUCGAGUCGGAAUCCAGCGCUGCGGAAACACCUCAGACUGCGGAGCAAGUUCACAACAAAGUCGCGGAACUGAUCGCGAAACCGGUUUUGACGGCGCUGAAAUGUGACGUGUUCAACGAAGCCUCGGGAAACAAAAUGUGGGAGAAUCUGGUCCGAAUUUUCGGGAAAGCAAACCUGAAAGCGUGGAAUCAACUGCGGAUGCAGUUCGACCUGGGGCAGGUGCAAACCGCCACGGAAGACACGGAGAAUGCCAUCGACGAGCAGCUGUUCACGCAGCUCUCCGACGCGCUGAAGCAGCGCGUGACGUUUUCCUACAACGGAGUACAGGCGGAAGAAUGCCACAGGGCGGACGAAUCUGUUUCCGCUGGUACUGGUGAAAUGCCUGUUCCUGCUGCAACUGCUGGGGUUGACACGGGUUUAUCGCCUAAGCUUGCUGGGACGGGUGAAACGCCAGACGAGUGAAGACGAGAACCACAGAAGAUUUCAAACAGGAGUGAUAAACAGCGAACGAGCCACCACAUCCUCCAAAAUGAUUUGCCUCUUUGAAAAUACGACUUCUCGCAUUUCUUUUUUUGUGUCACGUACUUAUACUCAUGAUCCUAUUCCUAAUCCUUCCUCUCUAAUUUCGCUUUUGUUGUACCAGUUCGAAUUUUGCACAC